AUCCACCUUCUGGGGUUCCUGAGGGAUGAAGCAGGUUAGUACACGUUCAGCACUUGCAGCGCUCUGCAUAUAUUAACUGCAAAAUAAACGUCAGCUGCUAUUAUCGUUCUAUACUUAGCACAGUGCUUGGCACACUGCAGGGCUUGGUUACUGGUGGUUGUUGUCAUGGCUCCAGGCCUGGGUCAGCGGUGGGCUGAGCCGGCUUAUCGUGUGCGGCCCUUUGCAAUUCAUUCAUUGAGAUCAUCUUGGUAGCUUGGCAUCGGCCAUGGUGGGAGUAUUCAUGGAAAUUGACAAAUGCUACCCAUCAGAGCUUUUAUAAAGGUCUUUUUGAGAGCCGCUUUACUGCACGGCGGUUCUCAGUCAGGCAAGGAGAACUCCCUGAACAGGUCGUGUGCCAGAAAGCUCACACACAAGAGGUGUCUCCACCUGAAGUCUCUUAGCAUCAUGGCAGAUGUAGACAUUUAUGAUGUUGGAGAGUGCCAGGGGGUAAAUGAAUGAGGCUCUCCAGGCUACUGACCUGGGGCAUCACGGGGUGGGGACCAGUCAUAGUUAGCACCACAGCCCUUUGUGCAGAUUGAGAAAAGGUGCCUUCUCUGAGCAGAUGAACUCCAACUAAGACGGCCUCCCACUUUCCCACCCAGCCGGGGGCCUUGUGCAGCGCCCCACCUGCACCACCCUGUACGGCAGCCUGCUGAGGGCAGAGGAGAUCUGUAUUUCAGCAGGCCUGCACCCAUUUGUAGCUCAUCUUCUCUAGAUGGGUGGGUGGCUUCCUGCUGGGUUUGGCAGGAGGCAGAGAAGCCUUCAGAGAGGAGGUGGCAUUUGAGCCAGACUCUGCUGAAGGGAAGAGGGUGCUCUUGGGGAGGGGCUGAGGGCUGGAGGCAGGUACCAGCAGAGCUCAAGCUCACUAGGGGUUCCGGGGGGGAUGCUGGCAGCUGCUGAGAUAGGAAACGAGGGUGGCUGGACUGUGAAUGGCCUUUGGGUGGGCCUGAUGGAGCCCCUGGAGGUUACUUAUCUUUAAUUGGGGUUUGGGGCUUGGAUCCAUUUCGGCCUCUCCCACAAGCCCAAGAGGCUCCUGUAGAAAGUUCUGAUGAGAAAAGUGACUCCAGGGGAAGUUAACCUCCUUACCCAAGAGCAGUAGCAAGUUAGUGGUACAGCGAGGAGUCAAGCCCCCAGCAGUCCCGUGCUGCAUAAAUAAACAAACAAACAAACAAAUAAAUAAGGGGUGAAUGAACGCAAGGGUGAGUGAAUGGGUGGAUGAAUGAAGGAGGAAAGAAAGAAACGAGACGGAUGAGCAGGCAGAACUCCAAGGCCUUUAGAAAGACCCCAGUCCAGUGUUCCCACUGUACAGACAGAAAACUGAGACCAGACAGGUGGCCAGCAGGGGAGGCCAAGGCUUCCAGGAAGGGCUACGAGGCCGGGCCUCGGGCCUCCUGAUGCCGGCUCCCGGCUCUCUGCCACAGCCCCGAGCCAUGAUGAAGACCUUGUCCAGCGGGAACUGCACACUCAGUGUGCCCGCCAAGAACUCGUACCGCAUGGUGGUGCUGGGCGCCUCGCGGGUGGGCAAGAGCUCCAUCGUCUCUCGUUUCCUCAACGGCCGCUUCGAGGACCAGUACACGCCCACCAUCGAGGACUUCCACCGGAAGGUCUACAACAUUCGCGGCGACAUGUACCAGCUGGACAUCCUGGACACGUCUGGCAACCACCCCUUCCCUGCCAUGCGCAGGCUCUCCAUCCUCACAGGUGACGUUUUCAUCCUGGUGUUCAGUCUGGAUAAUCGGGAAUCCUUCGACGAGGUCAAGCGCCUCCAGAAGCAGAUCCUGGAGGUCAAGUCCUGCCUGAAGAACAAGACCAAGGAAGUGGCAGAGCUGCCCAUGGUCAUCUGCGGCAACAAGAACGACCACGGCGAGCUGUGCCGCCAGGUGCCCACCACCGAGGCCGAGCUGCUGGUGUCGGGCGACGGGAACUGUGCCUACUUCGAGGUGUCGGCCAAGAAGAACACCAAUGUGGACGAGAUGUUCUACGUGCUCUUCAGCAUGGCCAAGCUGCCGCACGAGAUGAGCCCCGCCCUGCACCGCAAGAUCUCCGUGCAGUACGGGGACGCCUUCCACCCCAGGCCCUUCUGCAUGCGCCGAGUCAAGGACAUGGACGCCUACGGCAUGGUCUCGCCCUUUGCCCGCCGCCCCAGCGUCAACAGUGACCUCAAAUACAUCAAGGCCAAGGUCCUCCGGGAGGGCCAGGCCCGCGAGCGGGACAAAUGCACCAUCCAGUGAGCAGGAGGGGCGCUGGGGUGGGGCUUGGGCGGUGCCUUACGGUGGUGGGGGGCGUGGCCCCGGGUGCCCGCUUCCCGCAUCUCCCCCCAUGAGACCCCAACAGCAGUCACGUUCUAAGACCUUUGGCGCCAGACUGGAGGACCCCAGCCUCCAGCCUCUGUGCAGUCUCCUGCCUUCAACCACUUCCCUCUGAUUCCUCCUUUCCACCACUCGCUCUUGGUUUCAGCUUCUCCAUGGGUUGGGAGGGGAAUCCCUGCAGGACAAGAGGCAAGGUUGGGUGACAUCUGAACUUAUGCCAGGACCCAAGUCAGAGCUUGCUUGAGGGGCCAGAGGGGCCAGGACCCCUGCAUCAGAUGGAGACUCCUGGAACAUCCCAGAUGAAAAUGAUACCCAGAGUCAGCUGGAAGAGGGCUCCGCUGUCCUGGUGGAAGACCCAGCUUGGUUUAGGAGGCAGCUGGGAAUCUCCUCCCACCCCAUCCUGAAACGCUUACCCUCUGGCUCAGCUGGUUCUAUCCCCUGCCCCCCAACUUGGCCCUCAGCUGCCCCCGACAUUGAGCCAGGGGCGUCUGUGUGUUCGAAGGAGGCGUGGCUACGUCACCUGGCCCAUGUCCAUUUCUUGGACCGCCUUCCUCAGCCUCUUCUCCCAGGUUCCUCUCGUCAGCUGGUUGUGCUUUGCUGUUGCAGCUGUUACGUCGUGUUCCCAGUAGGAAUGGAAAUCGCUGUACUGUAAAAGCCUAGUGACCCCUCGUUGGCAAGGCCCCCCACCAGUUCCGAUCCACUGCCUCCACUGGGGACACCUUCGUCCCCCAUUCCAGAUGGGGUUUCUGUGGCCUGUCUGCAGCUGGACGCUGCCCGCUACUGAGCAUCACCGUUCACACUCACAGAGGCGGGGCAGGCCUGCGGGGGCAGCUUCUCCUCUCGCCUCCAUCCCCCAGAGGGGGCGGCUGAGACUCACAGGGCAAAGUGACAUGCCCCAGCUCUGCCUCCCGGCUAGUUCCGGACGCAGCUCCCCCUGGAACCAGGCUUUCCUCUACUGUGCUGGUUCCUCAAGCAUUUAUUGAGCGCCUGCUGGGUGCUGGGUCCACCCUGUGCUAGGAAACAAAGAGGGUGAGCAAUGCACUUUACACCCCCGAGGCCAAGCCUCCCCGGCUCUGGCCACUUUCCCAUCCCCCACCUGGCCGCUGCCCACCCCUGCUGCCCUACUGUCUCUGUACACAUAGCUGUUGGCAGGCGUGGAAGAGCAGCUGGGAGCCAGAGCUGAGCCCGGGAGAGGCAGGUAGGAAGAGCUCCCAGUGGGCCUUUUCCUGGUGCCUGUGAUUGGGUUGUGCUGGGUACCAGGCGUGGUGGGAUUUGAACCCGUGGACCAAAGGCUCUUAAAAAAUACAUUUUAUACUUUAAACCUCCUUGAACCUAUUGAAGUUCAGGGCCACAAGGAACCUUAGUGAUCAUCUAGUGAAUCUGAGGCCCAGAGAGGGUAAGUAACUUGCUCCAGGUCACACAGCAAGCCUACGAGUGGCAGAAGCAGGGUUAGGUCUGGCAUUCAGCACGCACCAUGGUGUGCCCCUCUCCUGAUGCUGCCUCAGCCCCUGGGGCCUUCAGGGAUUUGAGGUGUUGUCUCCCUGACCCUGUCCCUAAAUCUGCCUUUGAGGGCUCCUGUAGAUUCUGUGUACAUUGUGCCCACAUAUAUACGUGUACAUACACAUGAACACACAGACAUAAACGUGCCCUGGCCUCAGCUCUGCACACCCCCACCCCACCCUGGCCCCUGCUGCUCAAGGCAGCCGCUCUGACCCUGCUUCUGUGCCCACACCUGGCCCCAGCUUGAACCCUCUAAGCAGACCGGGUACCUUGGCCAGGACAGGUGUGUGGCCUGGUCUCAGUCACACCUCUGCUUCCCCCUAUCUCUGUGUACACUCUCAAUUAAAGUGGGUUUGUUUCUAAGCCA